AUGGCAUCAGCAGAAGACCCCGUUCGAACAUUCAAGCGCAUCGGCCUCGUCGGCGCCGGAAAUAUGGGCUCGAUGAUGACCUUUGCCUUCUCCGAGCUCGGCCUCGACGUUUCUGUAUGGGAUGUAAGUAGGGAGAAUGUCGAUUCGGUAAUGAAGUUCGCCCACGGCGCCAAACAUCUCAAAGGUAAAAUCCGAGGAUUUUAUGAUAUUAAUGAGUUUGUCAAAAGUCUGGACGGAGCCGAGCGAAAGUUGUUUAUGUUCUCCAUCACACAUGGCCACCCGGCGGACUCAGUAUUGCAGAUGAUCAAACCUGAUCUGAAAGCCGGCGAUAUCAUCCUUGACGGGGGAAAUGAAAACUACCGACGGACAGAAAGAAGACAGAAGGAAUGCGCGGAGAUUGGAGUAAGCUGGAUUGGAAUGGGGGUUUCUGGAGGCUACCAGUCCGCACGACAUGGGCCCAGCCUGUCGCCUGGUGGAGAUGCGGAAACACUGAAGCUCGUUCUCCCUUUGCUAGAGCUUUAUUCCGCCAAAGACCCCAAGACAGGAAAGCCAUGCGUCACACGAGUCGGCCCAGGUGGCUCAGGACACUAUGUGAAGAUGGUCCACAACGGCAUCGAGGGAGGCAUGCUCUCAACACUUGCUGAGGCGUGGUCCAUGCUACAUCACGGAUUGGGCCUCAACUAUGACGAGAUUGGCGACAUUUUCGCCAAAUGGAACCAAGACGGCGAGCUUAAGAAUAACUUCCUCCUUAAGAUCGGUGCGAAUAUUCUGCACCGGAAGAGAACCCCUCAAGGCGACUAUCAUGGCGAAGGAGCCAAUAGAGAUGGCGGCUAUGUUUUGGAUGAUGUUCUCGACAAGGUGGUGCAGGAUGACGACGGUACCGAAGGAACACCGUUCUGGUCGAUCAUCGACACCGCUGAACGCCAUGUUUCAGCCCCUACCCUUGCAGCGGCUCAUUAUCUGCGCGUUGCAAGUGGAAACCGUGCGGAAAGAGUGCGAGUUGCAAAGAAACUUCACAUGCCGAGCCCCAAACCCAUUGAGACCAUCAAAGAUCGCAGCGCGUGCAUCGACAAUCUGCGACGAGCAGUUUACUGCUCCUUCCUAGCCUCGUUUUGUCAAGGACUAGAACUGAUCGCUCGAGCUUCCGAGGACGAAGGAUGGGACAUUGAUCUUGGUAGAUGCCUUCAGAUUUGGCGCGGAGGUUGCAUUGUGCAGUCCGAAGCCAUCGCAGAUCUUCUCCAGCCUUGCCUGACAUCCAACAAGCGACUAACAAACAUGAAGUUUGUGGACGAAGUCGCUCGGGAAUUGCACAAGAACUUUGACCCUUUGAAGGAGAUCGUCACUGAAGGGAUCAUAUCCGACCAGUACAUGCCGGCGAUGUCCGCUACGUUAGAAUACUUGAAGUAUGAAGGAGGAACAAUGCUUCCAACCAAGUUCAUGGAGGCUCAGAUGGACUACUUCGGAGCGCAUGCGUACCACAAGCCCAAUAUUCCGGGCGAAGAUCCUGGUCUGGUGAAGAAGGGACCUCAUCAUUACGAGUGGUGCCCGGCUUGA